AUGUUCAGCCCUUGGAAGAACGUCCCACUUAAUCCUACGCCCUCGCCCUCCACUGUAGAGUCUCCCUCGUCUAUUUCGUCUUACGACUCGGGUACGGAGGACUUUGCACCUGACAUGGCGAGCGACCGUUCUGCGUCGGUAUCGCUGACGAGUAGAUGUAUCCGACCCCACGAGCGUUACUACUUCCAUGAACCGAAUGUACAGUUGGUGGUAGAGGAUGCUGUCUAUAACCUGCCCCGCACCUUACUCAGUCGUCUCUCAGCGCGGUUCCGGGAGUGCUUCAACCGGGGAGCGGAUGUACUCCCGCCUGGAUGGCUUGUGCAUAAAACCGAUCUUGGGGAGCACAUAUACAUAAACUGCACUGCCGGUCUCGCGCAGAAGACUCGACCCAGCGUCGUUGGUUCUUUCGCAGACGCGUAUCCUAUUUUUGGCGUGACUGCCCAGGAGUUCGAUGCUUUCUUGUCCGUUAUCAUUCGCGAGCAAGAGGAAGACGAUAGAUACAACAACAAGGGCAAAUGGCUUUCGGUUCUUAAAGUCGCUACGCUCUUCGACAUCUUGUUCAUCCGCACCAUCGCUCUCCGCCAUCUCGACUCGCCGGCAGUUGCUCUGACUCCCUUGGAACGACUCCAAAUUGGGCGUACGCACGACGUCAGCGACUGGGCCGAUAAUGCCCUUCGAGCAUUGAUCCAGCGCGCAGAGUCACUUCGUGAAGACGAAGUGACGUCCAUGAGGGCUAAGGACGUUGUGUUUGUGACUUCAUCCCGCGAACAAGCUGCGAGAAAAGCUCAGUGCGACGAAUCUAAUCCCUACCUUCAGCGUGCGACUACUCCUACCAACCCCAUGACACACGUACACUCGCCCAUCCCUCGUCUGGCGAAUUCGUCCAAUGCAUCACCUCUCACGCCGCCUUUGGGUAGCCCUGCCCCAAUAUUUAUGGCCUCGGCUGCCGCAGAUGCUCUACCCGCGACCUCGCGAGGCUCACUCUGGGGUUCAAAGGUCCCAUCGCCCAUGCCUGCUGAGAAGCAGGCCCUCGAGUCCAUCAAGGGGGCACCGCCUGCGCCCCCUGAGGCUAAACGUGUAGACGAAGUUCCCGCCGUCGAAGUGCCCAUCGGCCACGGCGGCAUUCCUGGUGGCUUCGGCGAUGAGGAUGACGACCCGCCGCCGCCACUGCCACCACCUGCACUUGAACCAUCGCCUGACGUCGCUGUCGAGCCAGAAGUACAGCAGCAACCUCCCGCACCUCCCGCGGCGGCAUGGGAUUCUGUUGCGUCUAGGGCGCCCGCGAGCAAGCGGGGAUCGGCGGCGCCGAGCGUGCGCGCCGCAUCUCCCAUCUCGCCCCCAUCCGAGAAGUCAUCGUCGCCCCAGCUCAAUUCAGAUGCCGAGAUCGGUCUCCCGUCAUCCAUGAAUGCCUCUCCAGGCGAUGAAAGCGGCGGUGGCGGUGGAGACCUGGAAGAGGAGAAGGGGGACGAUGGAUGGGGCUUCGGCAGCGGGAAUAAGAGGAAGGGCAAGGGCAGCGCAUGGGGUGCAAUGACAAACAACAACAACUACGGGUGGAACGACGGCACCAGCUUCUUUGAUACACUCGGUUCUGACCCUACCCCCGUUGCUGAUGGCCUGCUCCAUGACACAGCCGCGGGAUCGGUGAUAGACAAAAAGGCGUCUACGACCGCUAUUCCAUCGUACCCGCUGACGGAGAACUCGUCGGGUCUUACCACACCUCCGAGUGAACGAGUUGAUAUAGGCGAAAAAGCACCUACGGUGGAGUUCAAAGCCGAGGACGAGGAUGAUUGGUGGAACGAAGACUCGAAGAAAAAGAAGAAGAAGAAGGGUAGCAAGGGACCAGCGGGCACCAGUGCACUCAGUGGCGCACCUGCCGGCGCAGCGACGCGCGGCGGUAAGGGCAAGGCGACUCAGGAAGAUUGUUAUGAUGUAAUGCAUACCUCGCAAGACAUGCACUGUACCCGUCUCAUUACCAACUGGAGUGGUGCAUACUCGUACCUCCACUCUCUGCCUGGUCAUCUUAACCUCGAACCGACGGAACCGAAUGCAUGCUUGAUUCUGAAGCGAAAGGAGUGA